GCCCCUCCCACAACUCAGAGAUAAAUUUCCGUGUGACUCUGGAAAAAGUAUUUGCUUUAAUAGAAGGUUUUUAAUGUUGUUUUAAAUGGUAUAAUCAUAAUGAAAAGACUGGAAUGCUUUUACAUGGGACUUAAAUGGCCCCUAAAGUCCCCUCAUGUAUUUGGAUAGACUGAGCAUUUGAAUAUUCCCAUAUGUGGACUUACAGGUCAGUCAGUCGUGUAUUAUCUGAAGUGUUUCAUAGAAAUAAAAUGUCAUUCUAGUCUCGAGUCAGUUGUGAUGCAGUGAGAUGAGACGCAGUGAUGCGCAGUUGUGUUCAUGACGCAUGAAUUUAUGUUAAACUCGUGUUUAGAUCACGGAUGAUCUUGCGCCCUCCUCUCCAGAUUACCCAAAAAAACGAAAAAACACCUUGACCAUCGGCGUGAACGCGGGCACGCGCGUCUCGUUCUCCAUCCAGCCUUAGCAACAGGAAAAGGCAUCCUUCCCUAUUGGCUUCCUCUUCCCCGCUCGGCUCCAUCCGCGUCUCCCCCCACCCGCAGUGAAAAUGCGCGAAGAUUUUCGUGGCUGCUGCGGAUUCAAGGACAGCGCGGCUGGGCAGGGUUCGGCCCAGAUACGCAGUGGAUGCUGAGGAAGGAAGGAGGGCGGGGGAGGAAGGGCAUCUCGCUGACAAGCAGUCAACACUCUUGCAUGGAUGAGACGUUUGUGAACGCGCACUGAACCCACUAGUCUGCAUCCUUUUUAGAGACAUGGUUGCGGCAAAUGCAGUGCGCCUCUCAGCUGAGACAUCACCUUAAUCAUCCGUCAUUCUGCAGGGAGGAACCAUGUUGACCAGCAUCACCGAUGGAAUUCUGUGCUGCCUGACGGGGAAGACAGCAAAUCUGGUUUUGCCUCUGGAGACGUCCAAACCCUCGGAUGGAUUCGAGUUUGUGGAGGUGAAGCCGGGGAGGGUCCUGCGAGUGCGGCACAUCGUCCCUGAACGCCAUCCCCCAGAGAAGCAAGGACCAGGCAAGCAGAGGACGGACGUGGACUGCAAUGACAACGACAACGACUUUGCCGAGGACCCUAGCAAAGACUCUGACGUCAGUACCAGCGUCCACUGCAAAAGGAAGAUCACCGUUUACCGCGACGGCCAGCUGGUGAUCGAGAAUCUCGGGGACGUUUUGCACUCUGAGAUCUUGCAGUGCCAGGAUGGAGACCUGGAGCCCUGCAGCACCGUGGAGGUGGAGCUGGCCGACUACAGAGAAAUAGCCUCCUCUCCCGACCCUAACCCCGUUCCACUGCCAGGUCCCGUACCUACGGGGGAACAAAAGCCGGCUCCACCACCUCGCCGCCGUCGCCGCAAGCCUAAGCGCACAGUGGUAAUCGACUCAAAGAGGGUGAUCUCCAGCUGCAAAGGAACCCAUCCAGACGUGGCUCUGUUCUUCGUGCACGGCGUUGGAGGCUCUCUAGACAUCUGGAAUAGCCAGCUGGACUUCUUCUCUCGUCUGGGCUAUGAGGUCAUAGCGCCGGACCUGGCAGGGCAUGGAGCCAGCACCGCUCCUCAAAUCGCAGCUGCCUACACCUUCUACGCCCUGGCAGAAGACCUGCGGGCCAUCUUUAAGAGAUACGCUCGCAAACGCAACAUCCUCAUCGGCCACUCUUACGGAGUGUCCUUCUGCACGUUCCUGGCCCACGAGUAUCCUGACCUUGUCCACAAGGUGGUGAUGAUAAACGGAGGCGGGCCCACCGCUCUGGAGCCCAGCCUCUGUUCCAUUUUCCAGCUACCGUCCUGCGUCCUGCACUGUUUGUCCCCGUGCCUGGCCUGGAGUUUCCUGAAGGCUGGAUUUGCUCGCCAAGGAGCCAAAGAGAAGCAGCUGUUGAAGCAGGGCAACGCCUUCAACGUGUCUCCGUUCGUCCUGCGAGCCAUGAUGAGCGGUCAGUACUGGCCUGAGGGGGAUGAGGUGUACCACGCUGAGCUCACGGUGCCCAUCCUGCUGGUCCACGGCAUGUGUGACAAGUUUGUGCCGGUGGAUGAGGACCAGCGCAUGGCCGAGAUCCUUCUAUUUGCAUUCCUCAAAGUCAUAGAGGAAGGAAGUCACAUGGUCAUGAUGGAGUGUCCCGACACGGUCAACACGCUCCUCCACGAGUUCUUUCUGUGGGAGCCGGACAUGUCCAAAAAGAACAGCGGCAAGGCGGACGCGGAGAAGACCGUGUCCGCCUGCGAGACUUUUAGCACACUGAAGCGCCACAAGUCGGUGGACAAAUAACCUCCAAAGAUGCUGUCUUCUUUCGUGGCGGCAGAAGCAGGCAGAAGGCCUUUUUUUUCUCGGCAGCGUCGAGGCUGACAGCGAGGACGAGCUCGGUCGCAUCUGAAGGAUACAGAUGACCGCUUGGUGCUGAAAGAUUGCGAACAGGAAGAAACUUGUUUGGGGGGAUGGAAAUUCCUGCUUGACAUUUGAACACCAGUUUGUGCUCCAUCUUGCGGCGGAAGCAGCUGGGGCUCAGAAACUGCCCUCUUGUGUCUGUGAUGAACUACUGCCGCAUCAUGCAAAAUGCAGCCACUUCUUUAAAUGAUGUCCUCAGCAGAUCCAGUUUUUGAGGUGUGUUUUGCUCUGGCCUGGAGGUCAAAGUUCACCAUCAGUCAGGAUGACAUUAAGAAUGCUGCUAAAAUCUAAGAUCUAAUAUACAACCAAUCACAUGAGGAUUUUAGGAUUCAGGCAGAAUUAACCACAGCAGUGUACACUAACACAACUCACAAAAACUGCAAACUCCUGUUAACCCAAAGUAUUAUACAUAUAUAUAAACCUUCAAUUUCAUAUCUAAAAUAAGCCAUCUUUCAGUGUUAAGCACAAAUUAAUCAGAUCAUUGCUGCAUGAAAAUAAUGGAGCAUCCGUAAAACAUUCCUACGAACUGGAUGCACCACAAAAAACCUUUCAAAUUAAUAUUAUAAUUAUUAUUAAAGGAUACUAACAGUACUAAGGCCCUGCAUGAGUUCAGAAUACACAGAUCCAUGGUGGUUGUUGCAGGUGGCUGGAGUCAAAGAUUUCUGCUUUAAUCAACUGACUGUUCCUCUUUCCGUGUUCGUAUAAUUUUGUGUCAGUCGACAAGCACUGUCACAACGGUCUCCGCUGCUUUGUGCUGCUGUGUCCCCCCGUGCCGGUAAAUACGAAGCAACGGUGUGCUCCUCCUCUCUUUCUCGUCCACUGUGUCUAUCAGUCUUUGUGUCAGGCUGAAGGAGGUUUUUCUCGGUGGAAGAAAUUCAUCUGUGGAUGCUGAUUUGUCUCACAGUGAGACAGCGUGGUUUGAACAAAUGCACAGUCGAGGGUGCGCCGUCUGCUCAUCGAGCAGAGCGCAGAAAUGGGUUGAUGGGAGAUUGGUUACAGAAUAAGGCUUGUGUAUUUAAUUGGUAGUCGUCUAUAUAUUUAUAUAUAAAUAUAUAGUCGUCUAUAUAUGCAUUUAAUUGAAUAUGGAUGCAACACGACGGACUUUACUCAACUGGAAGGAAAAAUAAAAACUUGGUUGAGCCCCUCCAAAUCCUAUUUUUCUCUAAGGACUUUUUGACAACCAACAAGUGCUGCUGAUGUACCCUUUGGUGUAAAAGGUAAGUCAAUCUGUAUGGACUACAGGGUGCACAUACUUCCUCUUAUGCUAAAAAGUGUGCAUAUUCAAAUUGUCGUGAGUGGCGGAUCUUUUAUUUGUGGUUAAAAAAUUGUCUUGAUGUGACAGUUGUUCAUGUGAAUCACAAUAUAUAUGCUCUGCCGGAAUGUAGAUGCAUAUAAAAUCUAAUUAUUUAACCUAUCAAAGCGGUCGGUGGCUGAAUGUGCUGGUCCUAAAUAAAGCAGAUGUUCACCACUGAGA